AUGGCAUCGUCCAUUUGUCACAUGAUAAUAUUACUGUUUAUUUUUGUUUUUCUGCAAGAUACCCUAGCAAUUAAACAGUCCUAUAUUGUAUAUUUAGGAUCACAUUCUUUUGGUCCAAAUCCUUCAUUAUUGGAUUCUGAGUAUGUCACAAACUCUCACUAUGACUUACUUGGAUCUUUCCUUGGAAGUACUGAGAAGGCUAAAGAAGCAAUAUUUUACUCUUACAAUAAAAAUAUUAAUGGAUUUGCUGCAAUGCUUGAUGAAGAUGAAGCAGCUGAAAUUGCUAAACACCCCAAUGUUGUAUCAAUAUUCUUGAAUAAAAGAUAUGAACUACACACAACCCGGUCAUGGGAAUUCCUUGGAUUAGAGAGGGGAGGUGAAUAUCCUAAUGAUUCACUUUGGAAAAAAACAUUGGGUGAAGACAUUAUUAUUGGAAAUUUGGACACAGGUGUUUGGCCAGAAUCCAAGAGUUUUAGUGAUGAAGGAUACGGGCCAAUUCCAAAAAAAUGGAAAGGAAUUUGUCAAGUUACCAAAGGAAAUCCAGAUAAAUUUUAUUGCAACAGGAAGCUUAUUGGAGCAAGAUAUUUUGCAAAAGGCUAUCUAGCAAAAGGAAAGCCGAAUGUAACAAUUGACAGCGCACGCGACACUGAAGGCCAUGGCUCACAUACUUUAUCAACUGCUGGAGGUAACUUUGUUGCUGGAGCCAAUGUAUUAGGGUUUGGAAAUGGAACAGCAAGUGGUGGAUCACCAAAAGCAAGAGUUGCAGCCUAUAAAGUCUGUUGGGAUGGAUGUUAUGAUGUUGAUAUUUUGGCCGCUUUUGAAGCUGCCAUAAGUGACGGUGUUGAUGUACUCUCUGUGUCCUUGGGUGGAAGUAUUCCAUCAGAGUUUUUGGAAAGUGCUAUUUCCGUAGGUUCCUUCCAUGCAACGGCCAACAACAUCGUUGUUGUCGCUUCUGGAGGAAAUUCAGGACCUGAACCCUCAUCUGUAGCAAAUUUGGAACCAUGGACUUUCACAAUUGCUGCUAGCACAAUUGAUAGAGACUUCACUAGUUAUGUUAUUCUUGGUAACAAAAAGAUAUACAAGGGAUCUAGUCUUUCAGAGUUGGAUUUACCACCACAUAAAUUAUAUCCAUUGAUAAGUGCUGUAGAUGCCAAAUUUGAUAAUGUGCCUCCUGCCUUUGCCUCUACUUGCAAAGAAGGAUCUCUUGAUCCGAAAAAGGUUAAAGGAAAAAUAUUGGUAUGUCUUCGAGGGGAUGGUGCUAGAGUUGACAAGGGCGUGCAAGCUUCUCGUGUAGGUGCUAUUGGAAUGAUAUUGGCUAACGACAAGGAUUCAGGAAAUGGAGUUAUAGCAGAUCCUCAUGUUCUUCCCGCGACAAAUGUUGGCUUUGCAGAUGGCAGUGCCAUUUAUAAUUACAUCAAUCGCACAAAGUCUCCUGUGGCUUACCUUACUAAAGUUAAAACACAAUUGGGGGUAAAGAACACUCCAACCAUUGCUUCAUUUUCGUCGAGAGGUCCAAAUGGCCUUGACCCGACAAUCCUUAAGCCAGACAUCACUGCCCCAGGCGUCAGCAUAAUUGCAGCGUAUACUCUAGCGACAUCUCCUACGGAACAACCAUCUGAUAAGCGUAGAGUUCCUUUUUCUACCAUGUCAGGCACUUCAAUGUCAUGUCCGCAUGUUUCCGGACUAGUUGGACUAGUUAAAUCUGCUCAUCCAGAUUGGAGUCCAGCUGCUAUCAAGUCAGCGAUCAUGACCACAUCAACAACAAAAACCAACAACGGAGUGCAAUUGUUGGAUUCAUCACUUGAAAAGGCCACUCCUUUGGCAUAUGGUGCAGGGCAUGUUCGACCUAAUCUUGCAGUGGAUCCUGGACUUGUAUAUGACCUGAAUGUUACUGAUUAUUUGAACUACUUAUGUGGUCGUGAAUACACCAGUGAUCAACUUAAAGUGUUCUACGGAAAACCUUACACUUGUCCAAAAUCUUUUAGUUUAAAAGAUUUCAACUAUCCAUCCAUCACAAUCUAUGAAUUUAGGAAAAUUUGGAAGACUUACAGUGUUACUCGUACACUUACCAAUGUCGGGUCCCCAAGUACGUAUAGAGCGGAGAUCGAGGAACCUCUACAAUUUCAAGUCACUGUUGAGCCUAAGAUAUUAACAUUUAAACAAAAGGGUGAGAAGAAAGAGUUCAAGGUUACAUUCACUUUGAAACCAGGCAGUAAAUAUAUUUCUGAUUUUGAAUUUGGGAAGUUGAUUUGGACCGACGGAAAGCAUCGUGUUGGGACUCCUAUUUCCAUAAAGUACCCUCAUUAG